GUUGCGCUGGUAUGCAUAAACAGCAAGCUGUGGAGGUUGUACGAGGCGUCGGCAGGCGAGCGUUCGUCGCUGACCAUGGCCACGGAGGGCAACGCUGUGUGGUGCGCGGCUCUCGAGGAGCAGGAGCAGGCUGAGCGUCUAAGUGAGGCAUUCUGGAGGAUGGACGGUGGGAGCAAUGCGCCGAGAGUGCGGGUGCGGACGCGCAGUGGAUUGCAGGCCGGACGGAGGGCCUGGCAAGCAAGGAGAGAAGUAGAUCAAGCUGCGUGCACUCGGCGAGGACGCCGAGAUGCAGUCGGGGAGGAUGUCCCGAGUCGGAACGGCUCGGACCGUUCCAACUCUGCGUGGGCGACGAUGAGUGCCUGA